AGAAAGUAGAACACUCCCAACAAACACCAUUUUUUAAGAGAAAAAUGAACCCGAUUAAUAUUCGAUUCCAUUUGGUAUACUAUUCGCCAAUACAAGAUGCGUAUAUAAUGGUUUGGAAUCCGCAAUUUACUUUUUUCUUUCUUCUCUAAAAAAAAAACAAUCCGUGUAUCAUUAGAGUUCGGAGGUGAUUGCGCAUCCACCUUCUUCUAUAAUAACAAAGCAAAAUCUCAGAGAGAAUAUUUGCAUGAUGCAACUCCAAGACACGCCUUCCGCUCUUGGAUUUCAGAUGCCAGCUGAGUGGGAACCCCACUCGCAGUGUUGGAUGGGUUGGCCAGAACGCGCCGACAAUUGGCGUGAAGGUGCCGUUCACGGUCAACGUGUAUUUGCCAGCGUGGCAUCUGCGAUCUCCAGAUUUGAGAGAGUAACUGUUUGUGCUAGUUCCUCUCAGUGGGAGAAUGCACGGACCCAACUACCAGAUCAUGUCAGAGUUGUCGAGAUCAGUGCUAACGAUUCGUGGUUUCGUGACAUUGGACCCACCUUUGUUGUGAGAAGAGAAACAUUGAAAUCUGAUGCUGCUGAGGAUAGGAUUGCGGGUAUUGACUGGAGUUUUAAUAGUUGGGGAGGUGUAGAAGAUGGAUGUUAUAGUGAUUGGAGUCUUGAUACCCAUGUAGCUAAGAAGAUUUUGGAAGUUGAGAGGAUUCCUAGAUUUUCACAUUCUAUGGUGCUUGAAGGCGGAAGCAUCCAUGUGGAUGGAGAAGGAACAUGUCUUACCACCGAAGAGUGUCUGUUGAACAAGAAUAGGAAUCCUCAUUUGAGCAAGAACCAAAUUGAGGAUGAACUUAAGGCAUAUCUUCGAGUCACAAAGGUUAUAUGGUUGCCUCGUGGAUUAUAUGGAGAUGAUGAUACAAAUGGUCAUAUUGAUAACAUGUGCUGUUUUGUGAGGCCUGGUGUGGUUCUGUUGUCUUGGACUGAUGAUGAAACUGAUCCUCAGUAUGAAAGGUCUGUAGAAGCAUAUUCUUUGCUUUCCAGUGUAACUGAUGCUAAAGGUAGAAAACUGGAAGUCAUUAAACUCCAUGUUCCCAGUCCACUAUAUAUGACGGAGAAAGAGGCUGCUGGGGUUUUCCAGGCUGAUGAGGCCAAGCCAAGACUUCCUGGUACUAGGCUUGCUGCUUCCUAUGUAAACUUUUACAUAGCAAAUGGUGCUAUCAUUGCUCCACAAUUUGGAGAUAAAAAGUGGGAUGAUGAAGCUAUCCAAGUUCUGUCUAAGGCCUUCCCUCAGCAUGAAGUUGUGGGAAUUGAAGGUUCCAGGGAGAUUGUUUUGUCGGGUGGAAAUAUACAUUGCAUUACUCAGCAACAACCAGCCAUUUAGAGAUACUCUCUCAACAUACGUUGAUAUUUGCUGUAUUGGAUAAUAAUGUUAUUAGGAUGAUUGAUUAAAUUGACUCGUUCGCCCCUUUCGAGCAAGGAUGCAUGCAAAUGGUGAAUAUGUAAAGGCUAAAUCAUAAGGAAAAUACUAACACAUGUUAAAGGAGUAUCAGUAGUUGUUUACAGCUUUAUUGUAUUUAUUGAUUCUUGAUUCAUGGAUGUCGGUGUUAAAAAAUAAUUAGUUUAAAUAUGUUUUUGAUCCUUGUAAAUA